ACCUGCAGCAAAGAUGGCGGACCGGGGGUGAGUAGUGAGAAGUCGUCGCCGAAUUUCCCGCAAACAAAGGAGUUUUUCACCCGGAUUCGGACACUUUUACACCGCAAGACGACAUGGAGGAGAUCGACCAAAACAUCGACCCCGAACUGGAGGUCAAAAAGCUCCAGGACCUGGUGAAAAAGUUGGAGAAACAGAACGAACAGUUGAGGAACGCCCGGCGGUCUGGGCAGUCCAUAACGGACUCGCCAACCAAGCAGAGAAAGAUGAUUCCAACUCAGCAAAAUAAGAACAGAGACCCGCAGGAACUCAACAAAAAACUCGCCAACAUGUCCCUGGACGAGGUCGAUAUUAUCAAGAUCUUGAGCGACGACGAAGACGACGAAGAAAAGGAAGAUAGCUGGUUAUAUGUCUCGCCCGCCCGCUCCGCCACCCCCACCCACAAGAACACCAGCCCCUACAAGUGGGUCCGGCAGGACUUCGAAAAGUCCAGCCCUGAAGUCGACUCCACAAGACAGAGUCUCUUAUUGAAACUAGACGAAUGUUCCAGAGGGUAUGUUUAUAGUCCAAAUGUAUCGAGAAACUCAAAUGACACAGUAGCUAGUUUAAGUCCCAUUGACGAGGCAAGGCCCCCUAGCCCCACCAUACCUCAGAUCAAGCAGCAGCUGAGAGAUAUACGUACUAUUACUGCUUCGAAAUGGUCGUCUGCCAGCUCCCCCUCCAGGUCAGGAACCCUCACACCCAGCACUCCUCUGGACGAGUCGUUCCUGAGACGUAAGGAGAGCGACGACGCAGACGACGAAGACGAGGACAGCUACAAACUCCAGGACAUGACCGACGUACAGGUCAUGGCCAGGAUUCAGGAGGAAACUCUGAGAAAGAGCCAGACUAGCACGCCUACGACGCAAACCCCGCCCGGGGGCGGGCGCGAAAACUCGCCGAGAAACAAGUCCUCCAACAGCAAGGAGAACGUCCCGCCCCACCAGGGGCAAGGAGGGAGGGAAACCAACAUGGACAAAAUCCUCAAGUCCGCUCGCGCGAUCCUCGAGUUCGGACACCAGGUGGAGAUGAGGGGCGGAUCGGCGCCAGACGUGCUCGAGAGCAAUUUUCUCGCCAACGAAACGUUCCCAAUCCUCGAGGAGCUGCAGUCUCAGAGGAAGGACAAGUUUAGACCCUACGCCGGCGAAGGCGCGAAGCCCGUCGUCGGCGUAGAGCUUUUCAAGCCGAAGCCUAUCGUAUCUAGCAAAGUUGCAGGCCCGAAGAGUUCUACUACUGAGCCGAAAAUGGGUCUAAAUGCAGCUAUCACUGAAGAGAAGAGCCGCCUAGAGAAGAAUACCGGUACUGCAUGUAGGGAGCUUGACAGCACUGAUAAAGUAAGCAAGCAAAUGAUAGAAAGUAAUGCCCAGAUGGAGAAAGAAAUGGAAGAAAUGAGCAAGCUGGAAACCGGUGAAUUUGUUAACGAGCAAGUGCCAAACCUUAAGCAUGACCUGGUGAGGAAACGCCUUUUUGAAGACGAUAAUUUGGAAUGGGGAGUGAAACAAAAGGCAGAAGAGGUUGAAGAAGCUCAGAGGAGGGCUACAGAGCAAGAUGACAUGUCAGAGUUGACACUUGAGGUAGCCAGGGCUACAGAAAUGAUUGAGAAUAUGCUGAAAGCAGAAGGUAAGUACAAAGAAGCUGACAGCAAAAGUUACGAGAUUAGCAGGAAGAUAAAUGAGAAGACACAAGCUGAUCGAAAGGAAAAAGGGUCGAAGUUUGUGGAGGUCAUAGGCCAGGAGGUCACAGGCCAGCAUAACAAGCAAGACACUGAAGCUAAGAAAGCAGAAAUGCAAGAAGACAGCACCGCGUACAAAGUAGCCGAGAAGGUUGCCAGGGCAUUCCAAGACGGAGACCAAGAACCGAACGUGUCAGAGGUCACUCCUCAAGUUAAAGAUAGUGUAGUAGAACUAGAAGUGCCAAAUACUAUGAUACAAGAAGCAAAAUCUGGUCAUGCACAGGAGGAUGGCCGCCAAGAUGUAGCAGAAACUUCAGCUAAACAAGCGCCGAAACCAAGGAAUAAGUUCUUCUCAGGAGACCAUGUACCCACUCCGGAAGAGUUAGCAAACCUUGAUGACUCGGUACAAGCCGUGCCCGAGAGGUUUCUCGCACGGAGCCCUCGGGAAGACGACAACAACACACCCGUUCUUAAAGACAAGAAACCAGUUCCCCAAGAUGCUGACUUCGCUCCUCCAGACACAAGCAAGCUGCCGGAGAGUUACUUGAAGCUUAAGCAACUGCUUGACCAGGGAGUGGAACUGGAUGAGGCAGAUCUGAGCUUGAUCGCAGGAGCGAAAGAGUCAUCAGAAGGAGGCACAAAGCUUGGACACAAGACUAGCAACUCCCAGAAGAUGAACACAGCCAAGCAGAAAGGCAGCAGCGACAAGGCUACUCCCACAAGAAACCUGCCAGCCAGCAAGGCAAUGCAAUCCCAGCUAAGGAAGUCAGCACUCGGUGCCAGUCAACGAUCUCUACCAUCUCCAAGGACUCAAGUAUCCACAGAGCAGCAUGUAAGAAGAGUAGACAGUCCACAAGAGUGUGCCGGAUCGUCGGAUGACGGCAGCCUCGGUUUCUCGCGUGACGAUCGCAGCUACCACUCGCUGCCACGGAUGUCGACACCGCGAAGGAAGGGAUCAGGCUCCACGGACAAGCCUCUGCUCACCCAGAACCUCCUGCAGAAGCGAUUCCUCGAGUCCAACGGCUACGACGGCGGAUCCCAGCAGGAAGAAGCAACGAAAUUCCAGGCGCUUCCAGAACACAGCCACCUGGCCAAGUGGCUGAGCACCCAGAACACCCCGAAACACUUACCAGGGAGCUUGGACCGCAAAAGCAUGAAGGCUGCACGCUCGAGCAAACCAGAAGACGCCCGCAGCUCGAAGUCUGACAUGUACCCCAUGACGUCGAAACAACGCAGAAGUGGUCUGAAGCCGCCGCGUAGCUUCGGGCUCAGCCUGCACUACCCCAUGGCUCACGCCCUGAAGAGCGGGGACCCGGAAGGCUGCCGCAGCCCCGCAUCGGACAUCCCGAGGGGGACCGCUUCCUCCCGGGAACGGCGCACGUCUGAGACGGGAGAGGGGUACAAGACGCCGAGUUCAGACAACAGCGGCAGCCUUCUGCACGUGGACGACGUGAAACUGGUGGCACGGCUUCAGGAAGAAAGUUUACGCCAAGAACUAUCUCCAAGAAGACUAUCAUCUCCCAGACAAAGACCGGACACUCUACAGUACGAUGACGGUGAUCCGUUUCCCGAGGAUGAGUACGAAUCUCCACGGAACCUGUACUACUCACCGCGCGACUCCCGCAGCUCUUCCCGCUCCCAGUCUCCCCAACGCCACCUCGCAGACUCCCCCAGAAACCAGUCACCAAAAAUACAGAGGAAACAAUAUUAUACUAAUGAAGACAGUAGAAGUGGCAGUAGUAACCUGAGUGGCAGCAACAGCAGCCUGCACAGUACUCCUGUCAACGGGGAGGGCAGAGAGAAACAGCCACUAAGACGCAGUAUGCCCAACCUCACCAAAUCCACAACUACUAACCAGCAGUCGAGCCCCAUCCGGUCCAGCCAGAACCAGGAGUCCAAGCUGAGGACCCCGACCUCCACGGGCAACCCAGCAGUUAGCCAGAGUGGACUCAGACAACCACAGCUGCGUCAGUCCGGUUCCGGCAUCCCGCGAGGCACCGGCAUCCCCACACGACAGUCUCCGCAGGCCAAGAGCGGCAUCCCCAGACCUGGACAGAGACGAGGCAUUCCUGUGCCCAAAAGUGGAAUCCCCACCCCCGGGAGUGGAAUCCCCAGGGCAGGGGUGCGGGGCGGGAUGAGGGGCGACGUCGACAACUGGAAGGAGGGGUGCUACUGAUGACAUCACGUCUCCAUGGAAACCUCACAGUCUUCCAGUGUUGCAAUCAACUUUGAACUUUGAACCUCACCUUUGAACUUUGAAUUCACUGAUGGCUGGAUGCCGAGCUGAUUAAAUUAAAAUGGACGAUUGCUAUACUCAUGACAGCCUGCAUUGUUGGAACUACUAUACAGCUUUUAUUCUGAAACCAUCCAGCUAAAAGAUAUAUAUUGAAAUAAAAUAUCCUUUAAGAAUUAAUUCUGCAGAGAAAAAGUUGGAAAAAUGAAGAAAACAAUUACAAAAUACAAAUGAGAGAAAAACAAUCCUGGCCUUUUAAAACUUAUUGAAAUCAGGCCAAUACUACUCUUACAGCAACGUAAUAUUCCUAAAGAAAUGUACCUUUUAAUUUGAAAUGCUGUGAUACCUUUGUACAAGACAAAGUUUUAAAAGCAGAAAAAAUACAGGUUUGGUGAAUUUGUAGGUUGUAAAAAAGUUGUGACUGUUAUACUCUAAACUGACUUGUGGAGGAAAAGCAGAGUUAGGUAACUGUAAAUGCAUUUAAUUUUGCGGUGGUUAUAUUUUUCAGAAGAAGGGAAAAGGUGGUUUUGCUGUGGUUUAAAUUUGCGAUUGAAACAACUCAGUACAUGUAUGUAUUUGCAGUGAUCACUGCGAAAAUAUAUCCACCGCAAAAGUUUCUGCAUUUUACAAUGUACGUUUAACGGGUUUCAAAACACGAUCAGAAUUAUCCUGCAAGAAGUAUUCUACAUUUCUCACUAGCUGUCUCUGAACCACAACACUGAAAUUGAACCUACAUGUACUGUAGAUUUGCUGCAUGGCAUUUAAUAUACAUGUAACUCAGACAAAGUUUUUGGAGUGUACUUUUAACGGGUUUCAAAACACGACCACAAUAAUUCUGCGAAGUAUUCUACAUUUCUCACUGUCUCUGAUUCACAAAAGAUAUAGCAUCGGCCGUGAACUACUGUAGAUUUGCUGCAUGGCAUUUAAUGUACAUGUACCUCAGACAAAGAUUUUGCAUUUACAGAGUACAAU